AUGGACCCCACCCCUCCAGGCCCCGCCCCUUUCUGCAGAACCGGGGGCGUGGUUGGCGGGGGGUCCAUAGGGGGAUUCCAUAGGGGGGUCCAUAGGGGAUGGAGUUCCUGCGGCGCCGCCUGUCGGACGGGAAUUUCCUGGCGGGGGGGAUGGGCGCGGAGCCCCCCCAGGCCGGGGGAGGGGCGGGGAGACCCCCCCCGGGCCCCCCCCACGGCCCCGCUGCUGCUCGUCAUCGCCCCCCCCAGCACGGACUGGGUCAAACCCUUCAAGGGCAAAUCCGUGCACGGCGACACGGAGCUGAGAGUGGAGCAGGCUCAGUUCUCGGAGCUCUCCCUGGCCGCCUCCACCCACGGCGCCCUCAGCGUCACCAUCGACGCCCCCCGGGGGGGCUCCAGGAAGGUGCGCCCCGAUUUCCUGCUGGUUCGGGAGGCGCCCGAGGGGGGGGCGGGGGGCGCCCCCCGCAGGCUCCUGGCGGGGCUGCACCUGGGGGGGGUCCCCAGCGCCGACCCCCUGCCCGCCCUGUACGGCUUCGCACACCCCCCGUGCCUGUUUGCCCAGUUGGCUCGGCUGCAGCGGGAACUGGGCCAUGAGGCCUUUCCACUGGUGCCACAGCGCUUCUGCAACCGGCCCCGCGGACUGCUGACCUCUCCCACCUUCCCCAUGUCGGUGACGCUCAGCCCCGCCCCCGCCGGGGUGGGACAGGUGCGCGUGGGGUCCCCGCAGGUGCUGGGGGCGGUGGCGGCCGCCAUGGGCGGGGCCCGGGCGGGGGCGCUGGUGCACGGAGAGCCCCCGGGGACGCAGCGGCUGCGGGUGCAGCGCAUCGGGGACCAGUACAGGGCUCUGCGGUGGUCGCUGGGGGGCGGGGACACGGCGGGGGAGGGGCCGCAGGUGGAGCCGGUCGCUCUCAGCCCCAGGCACCGCGGGUGGGUGGACGCCUGCGCCGGCCUCUUCGGGGGCGUCGACAUCUGCGGGGUGGAGGCGCUGCGGGGCCCCGACGGGCAGGAGCACAUCGUGCAGGUACACGCACCUGGGGGCACCUGGGGCACACCUGGGGGCGUGCCUGGCACACACCUGAGAUACACCUGGGACAGUCCUGGGCACACCUGGGGGCACCUGGGACACACCUGAGAUACA